UACAUCCCGACUACUACUGCUACUACUGUCGACGCCGUUUCUAGCUUUCCACUAUUGAAAAGGCGGUACAGCGAUUCGUCCGCCUUAAGCUUGUGUCUUCAUUACAAGCAUCAGCUGCAUCACUCGGAAUUAAAGCACAAGUUAGUCAUGGCUGAGGUACCGACAGCAAGUGAAACAAUUGAAGAAGAUGCAACAGAGCUUCAGUUCCCUAAAGAAUUUGAGAAGGCAGAAACAUUGUUGAUAUCUGAAGUUCACAUGCUUUUGGAACACCGUAAGCAAACAAAUGAAAGUGCAGAGGAGGAACAGGAACUUAAUGAGAGAUUCAUGAAAACACUGGGUUAUUGUGAAAGGUUCUCUAAGUUCAAGAACAGAACAACAAUUAAAGCUAUCCGUGAGUUAUUAAACCAAAAGAAACUGCAUAAGUUUGAGCUUGCUGCACUAGCAAAUUUAUGUCCAGAAACUCCUGAAGAGGCAAAGGCAUUGAUUCCUAGUUUGGAAGGGCGGUUUGAAGAUGAAGAACUGAGGAUCUUACUGGAAGAUAUGGCUACACAGAGAAGUUUUCAGUACUGAAGUUUUCUACCAACUACUAUUCUGUCUUCAACUUUGAUGGUGUCUUACUGAAAUGGGUAUACAUUGAAUGUUGUAUGAACCUAGUUUUUAAAAAUCAUGUGCAAAUGUUUGGUUUGUAUUUCUUCAAAUCUGUGUAUUGUUUACAUAAUUUGUAUAAGCAUAUACUUGAGGGUCCAUUGAGGUUUUUCCUUAAUAAAAUUCUCCCUUAGCUGUUGUUUGUGCUGAGGUCUUCAUUGCACCUGAUCUUUAUUUUCCAAAAUGUAAAUAAAUUUCAUUCUUGAGUUACCCUAAUGUAAUCUAACCUGGUUAGAAGCCAAGAUUCGUUUGUAAUUUUCUUUACAUAUUUCACUUAUUGACAUUUUAACUUUAGUUUAUAUAUCAAGUUUUUUUAGCAUUGCGGUGCUAUUGAAGCUCAGUAUGCUCUGCAGUUUUAUCCUGUGUUAAUUUUGUGUGAUUUUUCUUACUUUUAGACACAGCGACAUGAAAGCACAAUUAGCCUUGGAAAUAUGCUAUCUUUGUGGUAUUGAGGUGAAGUAAGCUUAUUGCUAUUUAUUAUCAUGUUAGGAUGUACUAAGUUUUAUUUAAUCAUACAUCACAUCAUUGAUCUGAUUUACCUCCAGUACAAUAUAUAAUUUGAAAGAAUUUUUUAAAAAUCCUGUUACUACCCUAUUCAACAUGAUUAUUUACACUUUACUAAGAGAAAUCAAGAAGAAUGGAAAAGUAAAUAAAUUGGUUAUUUUUGUUAUUUAUCCCAUAAGGUCCAGAGAAUGAAAAAAACAUAACUCAAGACUGUAUGCCCAAAGCCAACUGGUAUUUGAAUGAGGGAUUUUUUUUGCACUAGACUGAUAGAAGGGGAGUGUGUUUUUAAGGAAAAACUACUAACAGUGAUUUAUCAUUUAUAGUUAAUAUUUAGUAAUUAUUUUACCUUCAACUCCUGAAAUAUUAGUUUGAUUUGUCUUAGCUGUGAUGAAAGCUAAAAAAAAAGUGGCUCAAGUGUCAAAUGCCAAUAAAAAGAAGUUUCAUUUGCCAA